AUGGGUAAUAAUACAGCAGCCAACGUUCUUAGUACCAUAGGAACGGUUCUUUGGUGUAUCCAGCUGACUCCACAGAUAUAUUUCUUGUGGAGACGCAAGGAUGCGACCGGGUUUCCGCCGGUGUUCAUGUUUCUUUGGGUGAUAUCAGGCAUUCCAUUUGGUAUCUACUUCAUCACGUCCGAUUCCUACAUUCCAUUCCAGUUACAGCCGCAAAUGUUCUCUGUGCUAUGUUCGAUAGCUUGGCUACAGAGCAUGUACUAUCCUCCGAACAACGUCCCCCUGAAACGGGUCAUUUUCUACGGUAUUCUCUAUCUGAGCAUAUCUUUGGCAAUGCAGCUCGGAUUCGGCAUUCCUCUCAAACAUCUCUACAGCAACGGUGUCAGGUGGCCCACCACGGUGUUUGGAAUAAUCGCAGCCGUUUUUCUUGCGCUCGGCCUGCUUCCUCCGUACUGGGAGCUGCUCCACCGCAACGGACGGGUUGUGGGGAUAAAUUUCCUGUUUCUGGCCAUGGACUCCGCGGGCGCUAUUUUCUCCAUGGCAGGCACCCUUGUUGGCACGUUCGAUCUGCUGGGAAUGAUCCAAUUUGCCGUGGUUUUGGCACUUGAGAUCGGAUUGUACACGAGCCAAGCUAUCUGGUACAUUCGUUUCCGAGUGAUCAGAAAAGAAGAUCCCGACGAGCACGAGAAAGACGUCCAGGAGAUAUCUGACUCUGCCAGCGCGGAAAACAGGCCUGAACAUACUUUAGAGCACUCACAGGCGUGA